AUGGCUGCCCCUGGACGACAACCCCUCCUCCUCCGGCGGCGGGCCCGACUACCUGCGGAGCGGCGACGACUGCCGCCGCCUCAUCGGCCGGGCGAUCAAGCACAGCCUCAGGGAGGAGGAGGAGUACCGCUACCUGACCCCGGCUUACUGGGACAAGGCCUCAGGGACAAGCACGACGGCGGCGGCGGCGGCGCCACGUUCGAGGUGAUCGUUGACAUCAGCGUCCACUUCGAGUUCGUGUACUGCGAGGCCAAGGCGCUGCUGCUUGCGUGCGCCGAGAACGACAGCGGUGACCCGGCCGGGAGGAGCGGGAACGGCGGCGACGGCGAGGCGCCGUCGUGCUCCAUCUGCUUCGAGGAGAUGUCGCGGGAAGCGGACGAGGUGACGGACCUGCCGGGGUGCACGCACGGCUUCCACCCCAGGUGCAUCGCCGCGUGGUUCCACAAGGCGUCGACGUGCCCGGUAUGCCGGCGCGAUCAUUUGCAGUAUCUCCCGCCAGAUUACCGGGAUCUCCAUGACUCGAUGGCCUUUGAUCCUGACAGUUUGCCAGACUAUUUGUAG